CGGCGCGUCGCGGUCCUGCUUCUUGACCACCAGUUUUACCUCGACCACGUCUUUUCUCUCGGUUUCGCAGGUGCUUAUAGCCAGUCUCGAUGAUGCUUGAUCCAGGAAAUGCAAAACUGUGUAUAAUAGUGCAAUCCGGGUCCUACGGCAUCGUGUAUUCAUAACAUUAUGAUCACCCAGUCUCGACGCGAACACGAUGCACAUUCCAAGCACUUCACAAACUUGGUGCUCGUGUUAAUGUACCGGACAAUGAAGCCAAACAGCUGAAGCUUGUGGUCAACCUUUCUGGAAGACUGACAUGGAAUCAAAUUGGAGAAUAUGCCAGGCGCCUGGAGGUCCAGGUAAAUCUUGAAAUACCACCCGAUUUGACUUCGAGGAUCAAUGUUAAACUCCAAAAGUCGAGAUUUUAGGUGACGUCUCAACAAUAACAAGUCCAUUGUCUGGUUGGGAACAUGAACCUGAUGCUGAAGGAUUUGGAGGAGCCCAAUACUGGUCAAAAUGACGAACAAGUUGUCUAUGCAAAAUUCUUUCCCACCAUUGUUUCUGAGGUUUCACUGUUCUGACUCCGACACGCCCAGCAGCUGUGUCGAAACCAAUAUUACGGAUCUUUCGAAGUCGACUCAACCUGCGAACAACCAUUCGAAAAACAGAUAUAGUCCUGGAAGCUUCCUUCGAUCUUGGGGUCGUGCCACACAAGAGCCCUCAGAAAGCAUUGGCAAGGUGGUACCAAUUAUUGUACCUGAUCAUGAACCGUCUAGAAAGUCUAUACGAGGUCAAUGAGGUUUCUGGGGUCGCUUGGUUGAUUUUUUCCGGUGCUUA